AUGGAAGAGAUCAAUGGUUGGCUCUCCUUCCCCAUCCAUGAGAGUCCCAAUCAAGACCUCGCCAUACGUCGCUUUUGCCCUGCAAGGGUCGAGCAAGGACAAUCGGGAGGAGAAUGGGGGGAAACUCUAACAGAUCGGCUACUUGAGCUAUGGUCUCCCCUUCAUGCCACUAGCACUCCUCUCUUGGCCCCUUCCGAGGAGGAGGAAUUUGUCGGCAGCUUCUUUAACAUGGAUUGUUAUGACAAUGAUAAAAACCAACUCCCCGAGCAACAGAAGGCAUUAAUCGAUCAAUUUCAAGAUGAGCUUGAAAGCUUUUCAAUGGAAAAUGAUUUUUAUGGAGACAUCCCAAUGAUGAUUGAAGCAGACGAGUUGGAAAUGAGUAGCUCAUGUGAAGAUCUCGGGGUGGUUUUAGAUUUAGAGAUGGUGCCUCAGUGUGGAGAAAAGGUGAGCCAGGGGAUGGACCAAGGACUUCACCUGGUGCACUUGUUGCUGGCCUGUGCUGAGGCCGUGGGUUGCAGGGACACCCAACUUGCCAACUCAUUGCUCACCCAAAUCUGGCCUUCUUUAAGUCCUUGGGGUGAUUCCUUGCAACGGGUCUCCUAUUGCUUUACUGUGGGAUUGAAAUCUAGGCUCUCACUCCUUCACAAUGUCAGCGCAAAUGGUUCAUUCACAGACUGUAUCAUGGUGGAUAUGUCCUCCAUCGAUAGGGAGGAGAAAACACAAGCUUUUCAUCUACUUCACCAAACAACUCCAUAUAUUGCUUUCGGCUUCAUGGCUGCCAAUGAAGCUAUAUGUCAAGCAGCACAAGGGAAGGAUUCCUUCCAUAUCAUUGAUCUAGGAAUCAAAAAUACCUUUCAGUGGCCUUCUUUGUUGAGAACAUUGGCUUCACGGACCGAAGGCCCUCCAAAACUACUUCGUAUCACAAGCAUAAUUGGAGGAGGUCAAGAUUUCCCGAAUCUUGAAGCCAGUAUGACAGCACUUGUCGAUGAAGCUAGUUCACUUGGCAUCCCUCUGGAGUUCCACAUGAUUGCAGAGCCAGCGACACCAUCAUUUUUAACUAGAGAAAAUCUCAAAUUGAGGGAAGGCGAAGCAUUGUUUGUCAACAGCAUCAUGCAUCUGCACAAGUAUGUCAAAGAGAGUAGAGGCUCUCUAAAGAUAAUCCUUCAAUCAAUCAAGAAACUAAACCCAACCCUACUUACAGUAGUGGAACAAGAUGCGAAUCAUAAUGGGCCUUUCUUUCUUGGAAGAUUCCUAGAAUCACUGCACUAUUAUUCUGCCAUUUUUGAUUCACUUGAAGCUACUUUCCCACGAAAUAGUCCACAGAGGAUGAAGAUAGAGAGAUAUCACUUUGCGGAGCAAAUUCACAAUAUUGUAGCUUGUGAGGGCUAUGGCAGGAUUGAAAGGCACGAAAGAAUAGAUGGAUGGCGAAGGCAACUAGGCCGAGCCGGUUUUCAAGUGGUAGGUUUGAAGUGUAUGAGCCAAGUUAGGAUGAUGCUAUCUAUCUAUGGCUGCGAUGGCUACACUCUAGCUAAUGAGAAGGGUUGCCUUCUGCUCGGUUGGAAGGGCAGGCCCAUAAUGCUAGCAUCUGCAUGGCAACCACAGAACGUCCAGUCGUCCUAA